AUGAUGGCUUUACCUUUCUACCAAAAACAUCACCAACACUAUGACCGUGCGUACCGCCACAAAGAGCUGCAAUCCACUCUGAGCCAGUACCAAAAGGAGGAGAAGCGUAAAUCGGCUGUCUACAGUCAUGGGUCUACAGCCUACACUCGUGGAUCUGCCGCCUACCGCCAUGGGUCUGCAGCAGCCUACAGUCAUGAGUCUGCAGCAGCCUACAGUCAUGGAUCAGCAGCCUAUGGUCACGAGUCUGCAGCCUACAGUCAUGGAUCUGCAGCCUAUGAUCAUGAAUCUGCAGCUCACAGUAGGAGGUCUGCUGCCUACAAUCUUGGAUCAGAAUCUCUCAGUAAGAUGUCUUCAGCCUAUGAUCAUGAAUCUGCAGCUCACAGUAGGAGGUCUGCUGCCUAUAGUCUUGGAUCAGAAUCCCUCAGUAAGAGGUCUGCUGCCUACAGUCUUGGAUCUGAAGCCUACAGUCACGGACUAAAAGAUUCCAAUAUAAUGAUAGAAGAUCGAUCCUAUAAGUUGAGUCCCAAAGCAAAGAGGGCAAAGCAGAGUUUAUUCUCUGAGGAGAAAGAAAAUAAAGCCAUUGACUAUGUAGUACCAGUGUUCACAGGACGUCAAGUGUAUGUCAGCGGGAUUACAGAUACAGAAGAGGAAAGAAUUAAGGAAAGUGCUGCAUACAUUGCCAGAAGGAACCUCUUUGCUACAGGCGAAGGAAUUAGUGCAACUAGAGUGGCCACUUCAUCCUCUACAGAAGAGCAGCAUGAAAAGAAGUCAAGGAAAGUAGCGAUACGAGAGUCAGCUGAACGUCUGGCCCUGAAGAAAACGUUAGAAGAGACUGAGGAAUUUCACAGAAAGCUGAAUGAAGAUAAACUUUUACACGCUCCUGAGUUUGUUAUCAAGCCUCGUUCCCAUACUGUCUGGGAGAAACAGAAUGUCAAAUUACAUUGUACUGUGACUGGCUGGCCAGAACCCCGUCUUACAUGGUACAAAAACAAUGUGCCCAUCAAUGUGCAUACUCACCCUGGCAAGUAUAUCAUUGAAAGUCGAUAUGGGAUGCACUCACUGGAGAUUAACAAAUGUGAUUUUGAAGACACCGCUCAGUAUCGAGCUUCUGCCAUGAAUGUUAAAGGAGAACUUUCAGCUUAUGCUUCCCUUGUGGUAAAGAGAUAUAAGGGAGAGUUUGAUGCAAGUUAUUUUCAUGCUGGAACUGUUACCAUGCCUCUCAGCUUUGGUGUUACCCCCCAUGGCUAUGCUUCCAAGUUUGAAAUCCACUUUGUUGACAAGUUUGAGGUAUCCUUUGGGAGAGAAGGAGAGACAAUGAGUCUGGGUUGUACAGUUAUCAUUCAUCCCGACAUUAAGCGCUUCCACCCAGAGAUCCAGUGGUACAGGAAUGGUGUUCUUAUUACACCAUCCAAGUGGGUCCAGAUGCAUUGGAGUGGGGAGCGGGCUACGUUAACCCUUGCUCAUGCUAACAAGGAGGAUGAAGGUCUUUACACUCUUCGUGUGGUCAUGGGGGACUACUAUGAACAGUACAGUGGUUAUGUCUUUGUUCGAGAUGCAGAUGCUGAAAUGCCAGGAGCCCCGGCUUCGCCACUGGAUGUGGAGUGCUUGGAUGCUAACAAAGAUUAUGUCAUCAUCUCCUGGAAACAACCUGCUGUUGAUGGAGGAAGCCCCGUCCUUGGAUACUUUAUUGAUAAAUGUGAGGUUGGCACCACUCACUGGUCCCAAUGCAAUGAGACUCCGGUGAAGUUUGCUCGUUUCCCUGUCACGGGUUUGAUAGAAGGUCGCUCCUAUAUAUUCCGAGUCCGGGCCGUGAAUAAAGCUGGAAUAAGCAUACCAUCACGGGUUUCUGAGCCUGUGGCAGCUCUGGAUCCUGCUGACAGAGCUAGGCUUAGAAGUCACCCUUCUGCUCCCUGGACAGGGCAAAUUAUUGUCACUGAGGAAGAACCUGCAGAGGGCGUUGUUCCUGGCCCGCCGUCAGAUCUCCAUGUUAUUGAAGCCACCAAGAACUAUGUUGUGCUCAGCUGGAAACCCCCUGGAGAACGGGGUCAUGAGGGUGUCAUGUACUUUGUGGAAAAGUGUACUGCAGGCACAGAGAACUGGCAGAGGGUGAACACUGAGAUCCCUGUAAAGUCUCCUCGCUUUGCUGUUUUUGACUUGGCUGAAGGGAAAUCUUACCGUUUCCGUGUUCGCUGUUGUAAUUCAGCUGGCAUUGGUGAGCCCUCAGAAGCAACUGAAGCUACUGUGGUGGGUGACAAACUUGAUAUUCCCAAAGUCCCAGGCCGUAUUAUACCAACCAGGAAUACAGAUACCUCAGUGGUUGUCACUUGGACAGAAUCUAAAGAUGCCAAGGAGUUGGUUGGGUACUACGUAGAAGCAAGCAUAGCUGGAUCUGGCCACUGGGAACCAAGCAAUAACAAUCCAGUGAAAGGCACAAGAUUCAUUUGCCAUGGACUCCUCACUGGUGAGAACUACAUUUUCCGAGUCAGAGCUGUUAAUGCAGCUGGACUCAGUGAAUAUUCACAGGAAUCAGAGGCUAUUGAAGUCAAAGCAGCCAUUGGGGGAGGAUUGCUUCAUGGUGUGUGUCCUGAACUGAGUGGUAAAGCUGGUGGACUAACAGACUACACUACCUCCUGGGAAGGCAUGCAUGAGUCCUCCCAGCCUAUCUUUGACACAGAUGCUUUGCUAAAAUGCAAUGCUAAAUUUAACAGACACGUGCUACCCAGUAGCUCUGAUAAGCUGGGGAGUACAGGAGUCAGUGAAGUAAGAGAAACGGUUAAGAAUGUUCCUACACCUUCACCACAGAAGGGAGCUGCUAAGCAGGCAAGUAAGACUCAACCUGGGGACCCUUUGGCAUUGGAGAAAAUGAAAGAGAAGAAAGAUAUAGCUGCCCCAUCUCCACCUUAUGACAUCACUGUACUUGAAAGUGUUCGUGACUCAAUGGUGCUAGGAUGGAAACAGCCCAAAAUCAUUGGCGGAGCUGAAAUUACUGGCUACUAUGUGAACUAUCGUGAAGUGAUUGAUGGAGUUCCUGGAAAAUGGAACGAGGCCAACAUUAAACCAGUUAGUGAGAGGGCCUACAGGAUUCACAAUUUGAAGGAAAACAUGGUGUACCAAUUCCAAGUGGCUGCUGCUAACCUAGCUGGGGUCGGCACACCCUCCCCACCUACUCGAUCCUUCAAAUGUGAAGAAUGGACCAUUGCUGUUCCAGGACCACCCCAUGAUCUCUUAUGCACUGAAGUUAGAAAAGACUCUUUGGUUUUACUGUGGAAACCACCAGUUUAUAUUGGCCGUAAUCCUGUAACUGGUUACUAUGUUGAUGUGAAGGAAACAGAAGCAACAGAUGAACAUUGGAGGAGUGUCAAUGAGAAGCCAAUUGCAAAUACAUUCUUAAAGGUCAGUGGCCUAAAGGAAGGUGUCAGCUAUCUAUUCCGGGUGCGAGCAACAAAUCAGGCUGGUGUCGGGAAACCUUCUGAUACCACUGACCCUGUCAUAGCAGAAACACGACCAGGAACUAAAGAAAUGGAAGUAGAUGUGGAUGAUAAUGGAGUCAUUUCCCUGAACUUUGAAUGUGACCAGAUGUCUCCAGACUCUAAGUUUGUCUGGUCCAAGAAUUAUGAACCAAUUGAGGAUGAAUCUCGAUUAGCCUUUGACGCCAAAGGCGGAAAGUCAAAAGCUGCUUUUAAAGAUCUUGGGGAAGAUGAUUUGGGCAUUUACUCUUGUGCUGUCACAGACACUGAUGGAGUUUCAUCAAGCUACACAGUAGACGAGGAAGAGAUGAAACGCCUGCUCGCUCUCAGCCAUGAGCACAAAUUCCCAACUGUCCCACUUAAGUCUGAGCUGGCAGCUGAACUUCUGGAGAAGGGACAAGUGCGAUUCUGGCUGCAGGCUGAAAAGCUGUCUGGCAAUGCAAAGGUCAACUUUGUAUUUAAUGACAAGGAAAUUGUUAAUGGAGAGAAAUAUAAGAUGAAGGUGGACCAUAAUACUGGCCUUAUUGAAAUGAUCAUGGAUAAAAUUGAGGACAAUGAUGAAGGGACUUAUACCUUCCAACUUCAGGAUGGAAAAGCAACGAACCAAUCCAGUCUUGUUCUUAUUGGUGAUGUGUUCAAGAAGCUACAGAACGAAGCAGACUUUCAGAGGCAAGAGUGGUUCAGGAAACAAGGUCCUCAUUUUGUUGAGUAUCUGGGAUGGGAAGUUACCGCUGAUUGCAAUGUGUUGUUGAAAUGCAAGGUGGCUAAUAUUAAGAAGGAAACACACAUUGUUUGGUACAAAGAUGGGAGGGAGAUAAUGGUGGAUGAGGAGCAUGACUUUAAGGAUGGCGUAUGUACUCUGCUGAUAUCAGAGUUUUCCAAGAAAGAUGCUGGUAAUUAUGAAGUAAUACUGAAGGAUGACAGAGGAAAGGACAAAAGCAAACUGAAACUUGUGGAAGCAGCUUUUGCAGAUCUGAUGAAUGAAGUGUGUAGAAAGAUUGCUGUAUCUGCAACAGAACUGAAAAUCCAGAGCACAGCAGAGGGUAUCAGAUUAUUCUCUUUUGUUAAUUAUUACUUGGAAGAUCUGAGGGUGAGCUGGUUACACAAUGAUGCCAAGAUUAAGUAUACAGACAGAGUUAAGACUGGUGUUACUGGGGAGCAGAUCUGGUUACAGAUCAAUGAGCCAACUCCACAGGACAAGGGCAAAUAUAUAAUGGAGCUCUUUGAUGGUAAAACUACACAUACAAGGAAGCUGGAUCUUUCUGGACAAGCCUUUGAUGAAGCCUGUGUUGAAUUCCAAAGAUUAAAACAAGCUGCUGUUGCAGAAAAAAAUCGUGCCCGGAUACUUGGAGGUUUGCCCGAUGUUGUCACCAUCCAGGAAGGCAAGGCGCUUAAUCUUACUUGCAAUGUCUGGGGAGAUCCUGUCCCAGAGGUCACGUGGCUGAAGAAUGAGAAACCGUUGACAGCAGAUGCCCACUGCAUCCUGAAAUACGAAUCUGGAAAAAGCGCCAGCUUCACUAUGACUGGCGUUAACACAAUCGACUCUGGGAGAUACGGCAUUUUGGUGAAAAACAAAUACGGCACAGAAACAAGUGAUUUCACUGUAAGUGUGUUCAUACCUGAGGGAGAAGAUGAAGUAUCUCAGCCUGAGCCCAGUAAAGGAGAUAAAAAGAAAGUGUGAAUUUGAGACUAGGAAACAGAAGUACGGGGGAGAGACUGAAUGAUAUACUGGCAUAAUUCAUGUGUGUAAAUUGUUUUAUGCAUAGCAAAUAGCCUUGGAUCCUUCCACUCACUUCACUUGUGUUUUUAUUACACUUAUUUACACCAAGCAAAAUAGUGCCUUUACUAAUGCAUAUUUAAACACCAUUCUCUUAUAGCUAACCACACAGAACCUAACCCUGCAAAUCCUAAAUUCCUACUGAAUGCAGCAUCAGGUCCAAGAUUUGACCCUCUUCCUCCAUACAACACAAGCAAGAAGAGUAAGGGAGAAUUUCAAGGGAGGCAAUUAAUGAGGUGGCUGAAAGGAUUAAGAAUGAUCAAGGCUUAAAGGAGAUGUUUUUCUGAGCAACAAUUUAGCUUUGGUCAGACUUAGUGUAUGUGGAGUGUACUAUAGCUAUUAGAAACAGAGGUCCUGAUUCUCAUUUACACUAAGGCCUUUUACACAGUUUUGGCAGUAUAAAGAAAUGUGCCUUAAAAUGGGAGUAAAUGUUAUUUAUAACCACUUUAAGGCUUGUUUAUCCUGUCUGUAGUGUAAAGGGGCUGUAGUAUAAAUGAGAAUGAGCCCCAGGAUGCUAAAUCAACAAAUAUGUCGUAUGUGUUGCUAUAAUAUUAAUGUGCGCUCAUGUCAACAACAGUGUAUGAUUCCUCCUCAAUGGUUAC